AUGGCACUCAUUUGGAUAUAUCCAUCCCUUUUCUUUCUUCUACAUUUGCUCGUACCGACACUGGCCUUAAGGAAUUACCCUGAAAACGAAGUGACACUGCUGGACUCCAUGUCUGCGCUGGGAGACCUGGGCUGGGAGGCGUAUCCAGCUGAAGGGUGGGAGGAGAUCAGCGUGAUGGACGAGCGCAACACGCCCAUGCGCACCUACCAGGUGUGCAACGUGAUGGAGGCCAACCAGAACAACUGGCUGCGCACGCGGCACAUCGCCCGCGACGGCGCCCAGCGCGUCUACGUGGAGAUCAAGUUCACGCUGCGCGACUGCAACAGCCUCCCCGGCGUGCCGGGCACCUGCAAGGAGACCUUCAACAUGUACUACUACGAGUCCAACAACCCCAGCCUGUGGUACAUCAAGGAGAGCCAGUACGUCAAGAUCGACACCAUCGCGGCCGACGAGAGCUUCACGCAGGUGGACGUGGGCGACCGCGUCAUGAAGCUCAACACGGAGGUGCGGGACAUCGGCGGCCUGGGCAGGAAGGGCUUCUACCUGGCCUUCCAGGACGUGGGCGCCUGCAUCGCGCUGGUGUCCGUGCGCGUCUUCUACAAGAAGUGCCCGCUGAGCGUGGUCAACCUGGCGCAGUUCCCCGACACGGUGACGGGCGGCGACUCGGCGCUGGUGGAGGUGCGCGGCGCGUGCGUCAACGACUCGGAGGAGGCCGAGCCCCCGCGCAUGUACUGCAGCGCCGACGGAGGCUGGCUCGUGCCCAUCGGCCGCUGCGCCUGCAAGCCGGGCUUCGAGGAGCACAAGGACUACUGCCAGCCCUGCAGGCCAGGCUUCUAUAAGGCGGAGGCCACGGAGACCUACUGUGCCAAGUGUCCCCCACACAGCUUCUCCCACCAGGAGAGAGCGGCCGAGUGCACCUGCGAGAAGGGCUACUACCGUGCCGACGGAGACCCGCGCUUCAUGGCCUGCACGCAGCCCCCAUCGGCCCCUGAGCACCCCAUCUCCACCAUAAACGAUACCUCCGUCACCCUGGAGUGGAGCUCGCCGCGGGAGACCGGUGGCCGUGGCGACGUGGCCUACAACGUGCACUGCAGGAAGUGCUCGUCGGACGGCAGGAAGUGCAGCCCGUGCGGCGGCGGCCUCCAUUUUGCGCCGCGGCAGUUCGGCCUGCUGAGCGCCAAGGUGCAGGUGACCGACCUGCUGCCGCACACCAACUACACCUUCAGCAUCGAGGCGGUCAACGGCGUGUCCGACCUCAGCCCCACCCCCCGCCUACAGGUCUCCGUCAACAUCACCACCAGCCAGACCGUGAGUGUGAUUCUGAAGGAGAGGAAGAGUAAGGACAGCAUCACGCUGGCAUGGCAGGGCCCGGACAGGACCAAUGGAGCCAUCGUGGAGUAUGAAGUCAUCUACUACGAGAAGAACCAGCGGGACCAGAACUACACGGUUCUGAAGACCAAGUCCAACAUGAUGACGGUGGAGGGCCUGAAGCCCGGCACCACCUACGUGUUCAGGGUCCGCGCACGCACAGACGGAGGCUACGGCAACUACGGGGGAGAGAUCGAGCUGGAGACCAGCCAUGAGGACAUGCUGGCCAUUGGAGACCCUAACCAGUCCACCAUCCUGGCUGUGUCUAUCGCUGGGGGGAUCGUGCUUCUCAUCUUCCUGGUGGCCUGUUUUGUCGUGAGUGGGAGACACUGUGGCUACAUCAAAGCCAAGCAGGACCCGGACGAGGAGAAGAUGCAGUUUCAGCACGGAAGAGUAAAACUCCCUGGCAGCCGCACCUACAUCCACCCCCACACAUACGAGGACCCCAACCAGGCGGUGCGGGACUUUGCCAAGGAGAUCGAGGCGUCCAGCAUCCGCAUCGAGCGAGUCAUCGGCGCAGGGGAGUUUGGUGAGGUGUGCAGCGGCCGGCUCAAGCUGCCCAGUAAGCGGGAGAUCUACGUGGCCAUCAAGAGCCUGAAGGCAGGCUACUCAGAGAAGCAGAGGCGGGACUUCCUGUCCGAGGCCAGCAUCAUGGGCCAGUUCGACCACCCCAACAUCAUCCGCCUGGAGGGCGUGGUCACCAGAUGCAAGCCGGUGAUGAUCAUCACGGAGUACAUGGAGAACGGCUCCCUGGACACUUUCCUAAAGAAACACGACGGGCAGUUCACCAUCAUCCAGCUCGUGGGUAUGAUGCGUGGCAUCGCCUCGGGCAUGAAGUACCUGUCGGACAUGAACUACGUGCACCGCGACCUGGCCGCCCGCAACAUCCUGGUCAACAGCAACCUGGUGUGCAAGGUGUCCGACUUCGGCCUGUCCAGAGUCCUAGAGGAUGACCCUGAGGCGGCCUACACCACACGGGGAGGAAAGAUCCCCAUCCGAUGGACGGCGCCAGAGGCUAUUGCCUACAGGAAGUUCACCUCGGCAAGUGACGUGUGGAGCUACGGCAUCGUCAUGUGGGAGGUCGUCUCCUAUGGAGAGCGGCCGUACUGGGAGAUGUCCAACCAAGACGUGAUCAAGGCGAUCGAUGAGGGCUACCGGCUGCCCGCGCCCAUGGACUGCCCGCUGGUCCUGCACCAGCUCAUGCUGGACUGCUGGGAGAAGUGCCGUAACGACCGGCCCAAGUUUGGCCAGAUCGUCAACACCCUGGACAAGCUGAUCCGCAACCCCAACAGCCUCAAGGAGCUGGCCAACAGCUCUGUGUGGGAGGACCCUCCGUCGCCUGAGUUUGCGGUGAGCACGGUGGAGGACUGGCUGGAGGCCCUGAAGAUGGGUCAGUACCAAGACAACUUCACCACCGCCGGCUACGUCACUCUGGACUCCAUCCUCUACAUCAGCAUCAGUGAGUUGGAGAAGAUGGGUGUGACGCUGGUGGGCCACCAGAGAAAGAUCCUGUCCAGCGUCCAGAGUCUACACACGCAAGGGACCCACGUGCACGUAUAACCCCCUCGUCCUCCUCCUACUCCUCCUCCCAUUCCUCUUCCUCCUUCUCAUCUUCCUCCCUCCACAGCCAGACAUAGAG